GUGGAAUUUCGUUUGGAGCGGAUAGAGCGCGUCCGUUAGGGGCAGGUUAGGGGUUGCUUAGCUGCUACGCGCCUGCGCGCGUACUUCGCGCCACUCGGCUACGUCGCUUGCUAGCCAGUAGCCACACUAGCUAGCCAGAUGUUCAGAAAAGCUUUCUGUCGAUACUUUAACGCUCCUACAAUUAUUUAAGUAAAAUGUGCAUUUGGACUAAUUUCAUGUUUUUAUUUCGAAGUCAAAGGUCCAAAGAAUAGUUAAAACAAUGUGUACUUUGUGAACUGUGCGUCUAACUGAAAAUUAUCUGGCGUCUUAAUGUCCACGAGUUCGUUCGAGACUAACAAAGCGGCGGACAUUUUAUUUUGAGUAUUCGAUAAUGUAGCGUUGCGUCGAAAACAUUCAUGUCGUUUUAUGGUUAUAACUUAAGAUAUCGUCCGCUUACACCUUUCCGAUGCCGAGGGGGGUGAAGCGAGGGUCGGCGGAGGGUGAGGGCGAGGUGGUGGUACGCGUUGGGGCGUCUCCGUCGCAAACUACGCUUUUGGAUGACAGCCCAGGCCAGCCCAUCAGUUACCAUCUGCUUGAUCACGGCUAUGGCGCCACGCCACAACAUCAGAUCAGAAGGGAGGCACCUUCUGCACCACCAAAGACAUCUGAAGCGGUGAAAAGAAGACUGAAUUUGAGUGAGAGUAGUUCCGGUAGCCAAGGCCAUGUAGUACCUAUGAAGGCAGAUUUCAAAACGCCGAAGCAAAAACGAGUCAAAGUUCUCACACCGUACAGCCGACCGUCCAGUUCUAUGAAAAAGUACAGCGAAAGAUCAAGGUUCGACACAUCAUUAGGAUUACUUACAAAAAAAUUUGUUGCUUUGCUGAAGUCUUCCCCAAACGGUGUCCUCGACUUGAAUAUAGCCGCGGAGCACCUCUCGGUUCAAAAACGCCGCAUAUACGACAUCACUAAUGUUUUAGAGGGUAUAGGAAUUUUAGAGAAGCGAUCAAAAAAUAAUAUUCAAUGGAAGUGUGGGUCGGCGGCGUGCGGCGGCGAGCAGGCGCGCGCACGGCGGCUGCGGCGCGAGGUGCGCGCGCUGGCGACGCGCGAGGCGCGGGUGUCGCGCGCCGUGGCCAGCGCCGAGCUCGCACUCGGCCGCCUCUCCGCCGACCACGGUGCGCUCGCCUACAUCACCUACGCCGACUUACGCUCUAUUAAGGAUUUCCGCAACCAAACGGUUAUUCCUAUUAAGGCGCCGCCGGACACGAGAUUAAGUGUUCCUCAUCCUGAUGAAAAGGGAUAUAUGAUACAUUUGAAGUCAUUAUCGGGCGAAAUUGAAGUGUAUCUAUGUCCCAAAGAACGACCUUUUUCUCCACCUCCACCGCUGGGUCUACUGCCGGCGGACCCGCUGCUGGAGGACAACAAGGCGCUCCUGGCACCGCUCGUGGCGCAGAUGCAGCCCGCGCCGCCCGCGCCCUUCGCCGCCAACUUCUCGACGCCUAUUAAGCGGGAGCCCGGCGUGGAGAGCACGGGUGGCGCUAGUGGGUCGCGCGGGCUGGUGGUGUGCUCGCCGUGCGUGACCGACCCCACGCUGCCGCUGGCCGCGGCGGGCCGCGCGCGCGCUCCGCCCGCCGCGCCCGACGACGCGCCGCACACCCCUCAAACCACGCCUGACAAUGGUACGGCGCGGGGCCGGCUACGCAACGCGUUAAUUGCCGACAGCGACGACUUUGCACCCAUCAUGGGCGGCGGCCGCUUUCAGAUGCAAACAGAAGACCAAGAUACCGAGUCAGAGCCGCUGGAGCUGGAACCGUUCCUGGCGUUGGAGCCGCCCAUGUCGGCCACCGACUACGGCUUCUGUCUCGACCACGACGAGGGGCUGGCGGAGCUCUUCGACUUCGAUCUCAAGCUGCCCGAGUGACCGCGCGUCACCGGCUCAUAACAAACUCUCUUGUCUCAUCUAAACACUUGUAUCGAACGAUCGAUUAGUGAAAACAGCUCAAUCUAGCUGGUUUGGUUUUAUUAUUUUCGUUUCGAUAUAGCCCACGCGAGAAUCGACGAACGCGGCUUUGCUUUACGGUCGAGCCUGUUUUACACUGCGCACUUCCAAUGGGCCGCUACUUAGUCCUACACAAUCGUAUUUCAGAAUUGGACAUAAAUUGAUUUUAUAUAAAGUAAGUUUACAUAAAAAUAUGAUUGAAUGAAUUGUAAUAUUUUCGUUAAAACGGUUAUUAGGCAUUAGUAUUGAUU